GCCGCUCCUCACAGGCGCUGGCGGCCCAGGGCGGCCUACAGCAGCGCCCGCCCGGCGUCGCAGUGGUCCCCUUCGCCCCGCAAUCUGGGCUGGCAGCAAUGGGGGGGGGGAAGAAGAGCCAACCUAAGAGUUAUUACCGUUAGCAGCGACGACAGCGACUAACGUCGACGACGGAAUAAGCGUCUCACUUGGCUUUCGCCCCUUCCUCCAGGAACCGGACAUCCGGCUGCUCCAGAUCACGUGAUCAUCCGCCAUAUUGACUGUAGUGGCCUCUGCUCCGAGGAGGAGGGGUAUCAGACCGGCUCUGCUUCUUUAAGGCGUGGCUUCCAAGCUGGGGGAAGGUUCUGUGGAUUGUGUGGAGGGAGGUGGAGGAGGAGGAGGAGGAGGAGGAGAUGGCGGCGACGGCGCAGGAAGAUGGCGUCCGCAGCCCGGCUCCAGGGCCGCGGGGUUGCGAGCACUAUGACAGAGCCUGUCUCCUCAAGGCACCUUGUUGUGACAAGCUCUAUACAUGCCGGCUAUGUCACGACACCCACGAAGAUCAUCAGCUGGACCGCUUCAAAGUAAAGGAAGUGCAGUGCAUCAACUGUGAAAAACUCCAGCAUGCCCAGCAGACUUGUGAGGACUGCAGCACACUGUUUGGAGAAUAUUACUGCAGUAUUUGCCACCUGUUUGACAAAGACAAGAAGCAGUAUCACUGUGAGAGCUGUGGGAUUUGUAGGAUUGGUCCAAAGGAAGAUUUUUUUCAUUGCUUGAAAUGUAACUUAUGCCUAGCCAUGACUCUUCGAGGAAAACACAAGUGUAUUGAAAAUGUUUCCCGGCAGAAUUGUCCAAUAUGCUUGGAGGACAUUCAUACCUCCCGUGUCGUUGCUCAUGUCUUGCCAUGCGGGCAUCUCCUACAUAGAACGUGUUAUGAAGAAAUGUUGAAAGAAGGUUACAGAUGCCCAUUGUGUAUGCAUUCUGCCCUAGACAUGACUCGGUACUGGAGACAAUUAGACAUUGAGGUAGCACAGACUCCUAUGCCAUCCGAAUACCAGAACGUGACCGUUGAUAUUCUCUGCAAUGACUGUAAUGGACGAUCCACAGUCCAGUUCCAUAUCUUAGGCAUGAAAUGUAAGCUUUGUGACUCCUACAAUACUGCUCAGGCUGGAGGCCGCACAGUGUCCAUGGAUGAGCAGUGAGAAGCCUGUCCUUGGCUGGAGAACAGCUCUGGGAUGUAGAUGAAGCUCUGUGUGGAAGACCCCGAUGUCCGGAUGUGUCCUAACUAUGCGUAGAGAUGUUUGUACCUGUCAACAGAUCAUACCUAUACACCAAGGACUCAAGAUCUCAGAUGGAAUCAGAAUAUCACUCACUGGAUGAAGCCUCUGAGCGUGUGUUGAUUGGAAAGUCACUUAGUGUCAAGUUUUGAAGCCAAUGAUGUUUGUCCCAGAUAUAGUCACAGUCAUCGAAAUAUUUUAUAUUUUCAUGGAACUUUAAGUGACACUAUGCACGCAGACUUAAUUUCUAGUUCUUGAUAGAACUACAUUCAAUUUUAACUAGUCUUUGAUUUUAAGGGCUGUACUAUAAUUUUUAAGUUCUUAUUGUUAAAAUCUAAUUACAUGUGCUUUUUAAUUUUCUGACAGUCCUUAGGAUCCUAUACAUAAAAUUUUAUGUAAUAAACUACUAAUGAAAUUGUA